AUGGAUGAUGAUCUGACAGAAUAUCCUACACAUCGAGUACGUUUACAACCAUGUCAAUUUUGUGAACGUCAAUUUAAUGUUGAAUCAUUGAAUAAACAUCAAGCUAUUUGUCGAAAAGUUGUAAAGAAAGAACGAAGAGUAUUUGAUGCAGGUAAACAACGAGCUACUAAUUCUGAUGUACCAUAUAAAGCAACUAAAAGAACAGCACAGGUUUAUAAUGGUGAAGUUCGAGCUAAUGAUGAUAGAUCAAAAUAUGGAUCGAAACCAAAUUGGAGAGAAAAACAUAGACAAUUAAUUCAAUCUGUACGAGAAGCUCGUUCUGUGACUCGUGCUAUGAAACAAGGAGGACCAUUACCUGCUUUUCGACCAAGUGAAAUUCCAUCAGACUAUGUUAAUUGUCCACAUUGCCAUCGUAAUUUUAAUAAACAUGCUGCUCAACGACAUAUACCAUUUUGUCAGACGCAACGUGAACGAAAACAAGUGCAACCUUCUAAACCUACUCAGCAAUAUGACAGGGGACGAUCACUUUCACCACAAAAACCACCUCAACAUCGACAACAACAGUCAUAUAGUACAAGUGCAUAUUCAGAUUCACAUAAUGUUUAUAGUAAUGGUUACAAACAUAGCAAUUCAGCUCCGAUGAUUGUUCGACGAAAUCCAUAUGAUCAUCAACAACAACAACAACAACAACAACCACCACCACCACGUAAAGCACCUGGUGGUGGUGGUUGGAGUUUACGAAAAAUAUUUGGUUUCGAUUCUGGAGCAGAACCAAUGCCUCGAUCUAAUUAUUAUGCACCUGAAGAUGAAGAUUAUUAUCAACCAUCGAAUCGUCAUAAUAUUCAACAACCGGUGCUUAUGCGUACGGGACGUACAAAUCAGAAUACAAGUUUAAAUGUACGUGCUCGUCAACGAAAUGAUGAAGUUAAUUCAUAUGUACGCCGAGCAUCACCGAUUAAAUUUGCUCCUUCUUCAUAUGGUGAAACAAGAUAUCAACAUCCAAAUAGUCAAUAUAAUUCUAUGAGACCAACAGCUGUUGGACGACCCCCACUACCACCAACAGCUAUUCGAUGUGGUGAAUGUGGUAAUAUAUUUAAUAUUGCAUCAGCAAGAUAUUGUGCUCAUUGUGGUUCGAGACGUUAA